CAUGGAUAGCAUCUGGGAUUAUUUCUACCCUGCUUGAUUUCCUCAAAACAUGAUGUCAUCUAGCGGCUGAUAGCCCGGUCGGGCGCGUCUCAGUGCCACCGGUGUGGAGUUGAACGAGGUCGGUACUAAGCCGGAUGUCAGGGGGACAUUAAGCCACCUGCGGCCUUCCUAACAUGAUUGACAAAUCUUUGGGGCGUCGUUGAUUUCGACCUUGACCCAGGCGCUUCAGUUUGAGCAACAUCUCCAAACAUUCUUCAGAAGUGGAAGUGUCCUGCAAGCGCCAACAAUUAAAAAGGAUUUCGCAGGCCACCAUGGAGCCGAUAGUGUUGCACGGCACACAUACAUACAUCUGACACACAGGAGCUUUCGAUUGCGAACAGGAUCCGUUUCGUCAUCGAUUCAGAGCGAAUACGUCUAUGCAAAUUCAUCUGUGCAAUCGAUGCAUCCUACGUCAUUAACAAGCUCCGGCCUCCAUCGUGCGCGUGGCUGGAUGCUAGGACCAAAACGGAACUCAGCCCAGCGCUUCCACGGAGAGGAGGCAGGAUGCUACGUCCCCUUUUCUUUUAGACGCAUAAAGUAUUCAAUUUCACGCAUAUUGAUUCCCCAGCGUCUCUCAUUUAAUUUACCCUUUGCGCCCAUGGAGUCCCACAUGUCACGCCCCAUCUGUGUGAACUAUUCCCGCCUCGAAGCUGUUGCCGUUCAACGCGCCAUGCAGGAUCCCUCUGCGUUUCGUAUCCUCUUAUUCGAUGAUUGUGUCGUUAAAUUCAAUGACUCCAUAACGAAGCUGAUACCCAGGCGUUCGUCUACGCGGCAGCAUUUAAAAGCCCUUCGAAUGCACCACGCGUUCAAGAUGUUUUCGGGUACUUCUGUCGGGGCCAUAUGUGUCCAGUAUCAUUUGUGUAAUGGAGCCCGUCAACCUUCCAACCAAGAUCGA